AUGUCCUCGUUUUUCACAGUCCCCGGAGCGCAGAAGAAGCGGAAGAGGCCUGCAGCUCCCGAUGCCCCGAAAAAGAGAGUCGCCGCGGCCUCGAAAUCGUCUGCCAAGUCUGCGAAAUCCGCGAGGCCGGCCGCCGCAAAGCAAGCUGCCUCGACGACGACUAAGAGGCGAGCUGAGCGUGACGACGAUGACGAGUCCAUCUCGGGCAGCGACUCGGAUGACGAUGAGAGCAUCACAAGCGCCUCCGACGCGACCAGCGACUCCGACAAGGACUCCGACAACGAGGGCGAGACGGCCGCCGAGAAGCGGCUGCGGCUGGCCGAGCGAUACCUCGACAAUGUCCGGGAGCACGUCGACGAGAUUGGCUUCGACGCCGCCGAGAUCGACCGGGACCUGAUCGCCGAGAGGCUGCAGGAGGACGUUGCCGAGUCCAAGGGCAAGGUAUAUCGCCAAUUGGCCUCGGAGCUGGCCUUUGGGAGCGCCAGCCAGACCCUUUUCCGAUCAAACACAAACUCCGUCACAUCCAUUGCCGCCUGCGCGCCGUACGUCUACACCACCACCAAAGACCUGUUCCUGCACAAGUGGAGGAUACAGGAUCUGCCCCAGCACCAGUACCCGCAGACCACGAAACGGAAACCGAAGAAGCCCCCGGCACCGCCCAAGAAGCGGCCGGAGCUGGAGAUGUGGAUCAAGGGAAACGCCGCCAAGCAGCAGGACAAGGACUACAAGAGGCACUCGGGGAGGAUCCUGGCCGUCGCCGCCUCGUCGGACGGCAAGUUCGUCGUCACCGGAGGCCAGGACAAGAAGAUCAUCGUCUACGACGCCGAGACGCUCAAGCCUCUCCGCGUCUUCACACAGCACCGCGACGCCGUGACGGGCCUGGCCUUCCGGAGGGGCACCAACCAGCUCUACUCGUGCUCCAAGGACCGCACCGUCAAGGUCUUCAGCCUCGAUGAGCUCGCCUACGUCGAGACCCUCUUCGGCCACCAAGACGAGGUCCUCGACAUCGACGCCCUCGCCCAGGAGCGCUGCAUCAGCGUCGGCGCCCGCGACAGGACCGCCCGCCUGUGGAAGGUCGCCGAGGAGACGCAGCUCGUGUUCCGCGGCGGCGCCGUCGACAAGAAGCCCCAUCCCGGCGUCAACCCGCGGUCGCUGCUCCACGAGGGCAGCAUGGACCGCGUCGCCAUGAUCGACGACGAGCUCUUCGUCACCGGCAGCGACAACGGCAGCAUCGCCCUCUGGAGCGUCGCCAAGAAGAAGCCCGUCUUCAUCCAGCCCCUUGCUCACGGCCUCGACCCGCCCCUCGCCCCCGAGGCCGCCUCCGCAGAGGCCCAUCCCGACCCCAAGGCCAUCCCCGCCCCGCUCCCUCGCUGGAUCACCGCCCUCAAGACCAUCCCCUACUCAGACGUCAUCCUCAGCGGCAGCUGGGACGGCCACGUCCGCAUAUGGAAGCUGUCCGAGGACAAGAAGAGAAUCGAUCUCGUCGGCACCCUCGGCGGCUCCCCCGAAGACCAACCCUCGGAAAACGGAGACGAUCAGCCCAACAACGGCACACCCAAGGCGCAGCGCCCCAGGCCCAUCCACGGCGUGAUCAAUGACAUUGCCGUCUUCGAGCGCGGUGACCGCGGCCAAGACGGAAUCUGCAUCGUCGCCGCCGUGGCCAAGGACCACCGCUUGGGAAGAUGGACGGUGAACAAAGGAAACGGAGUGAGAAAUGGCGGCGUCGUGUUUGAAGUCCCCAAAGUCCCCAAGUCAUUGACGAACGGUGCACAUAAAGAGGGGGAAGAAGGAGGGGAUGUGAACGGCGCAGAUGAAGAUUAA